AUGCGAUUUUUAGGUAGCAAACUCUUCGAGACGGAGAAGACCUACCGGCCGAAAAAGAAGCACAAAGAGGGCACCCAGCGCUACAACCUCCACAAGUACGCCAAAACCCUCGUCCGAUCGGGCGACCUCGCAAAGUCCGUGCAGCUCCCCCCUGGGGCCGAUAUUCAUCACUGGCUUUCCGCGCAAACGAUCGACUUUUACAACAUCACCAACGUCCUCUACGGCUCGUUAACAGAGUUUUGCACACAAACGACGUGUCCGAUUAUGUCUUCCGGCCCUCGUUUUGAAUACAUGUGGCGAGAUCCGCCAGAAUACCCCAAAGCGACGAAGGUGAGUGCCCCUAAAUACGUUCGACUUCUCAUGGAGUGGAUCGAACGCCAGAUCAACGACGAGAGGAUCUUCCCGACGGAGGAUCAAAACCCGUACUCGGAGGACUUCUUUGACCGCGUGCGAAAUAUCAUUCGCCGGUUGUUUCGGGUCUACGCGCAUGUGUACUACUCCCACUUUAUUCAAAUUCGCGACUUGAAGGAGGAAUCGCACUUGAACACGGCGUUUAAGCACUUUAUGUACUUUGUGUGGGAGUUCGACUUGAUUCCUCGCGAUGAACUCACCCCGUUGUAUGAUCUUCUAAUCAAUAUAAUAGGCCAGUGGGCAAAGGAUAAGUUGGAUGGACCUCGAUUAUUAUAA